GCAAGGUAAGAAUCAUUUCUUUCUUUCCUUCUUUCUUUAUUUAUUUUUUUUUAAUAUAACCUUUUUUUUUAACAAAAAUAGAAUUAAACUAUGAGAAUUCAAAAAAUAGUUAUUGGAGAAUAUCAAAUAUCUCCAGCGAUAUCAUUUUGUUUAUAUCAACUUCCAUCACCUAUAGUCACUCCACCCAUUUCACAAACAAAAGAUCAACAAUUCAUAAACUAUUAUUGUCUUGAAGAUUUAUUUUCUAUCUUUGAUCUUCAAUUAGCAAGUCAAGAUAUAAUUAAUACUUUCUUACAAUCUCCUAGUCUUUUUUUUAAAGACUUAUCAGGUCGUUCCUAUAUUCAAGCUCGUGCUAUGGCUGAUAUUGCUUCUAAACAUCAAAUUUAUAACUUGGCAGAUCUAUGCUGUCUUGAAGAUGAUGAAUUAUUGGAUGGAGGUGCUAUUCCUCUUCUUAAAAUGACAACCUUUGUUCGUUUAUUAAAUAAACCUAUAUGUCAUGUUAAUCAAGUUCAUUUUGAGCCAAGACGACUUGAUGGUACUGAAUGGUUUUUAAAGCAAAAUAAAAAUUUGGAUCAUAAAUUAGAAACAGCUUCGUCGCCUACAUUGCCUGCCUUUAUUUGUCCUCCCGCCACCUCUACCAAUUCACCUCCUCUCCUACUACCAAGUACACCAUCCUCUUCACCUUCUCUUUCUUCCAUGUCACCACCAAAUAAAAGACAAACAGCUAUUGAGCUGCCAAAGCCCUCAACACUUUUAUUAAAACGACUUGCUCCUAAACAUGGUACUAAAAAGAAUUUAACUAUUUUAACACCCUCCUAUAAUGAAAAAAGCAAUCAGGGUCUAAUUCAAUCUGCACCUUUAAGAAGAACAACCAUUCCUCCUAACCAUCACCCCAUCUCUCACAAAGUCUCUAAAGGUGGUCAUAUAACCAAAAAGCCAUAUUUUAGUAGUAAUGAUCCUGCUACUACAUCUGCUACCGUUCCUUCUCCUUAUUCUACACACCGUUUCCCAAAUCCACCUAUUGUCCCAUCACAACAACCUGCUUGGCAUCAAUAUCGUCCCUCACGAUCUACUACGAAGACACCACCUGUGAUGACUCAAAAACAAAAAUUCCUACAACCCUUUGAAUUCCUUUAUGAUCAAAUUGAACAAACUAAACACCUCAAACAUAACUUGGAUGACCAAAUUCGUCGUUCCUCAAAUUUGAUGCAAACUUUACAACAAGGUAAUUAUGUAGAAACUCUUGUACGUCGUCAGGUACGCGAUAUUGUGUCAAAACAAUUUGAAAAGCAACUUUUAGAAUGUACAGAACGCCUUAGCCGCUUAGAACAACGUAUCGUUGGUAAUAAAUUAGAAGAUAUGUUGACACAAGUUUCAAAUAGAAUUCAACAAUUAGAGUCUAAACUUUCAUAGAAGAAAAAAAAAAAUUCGUUAUCCAUUUUUUGAUACCCACAAAUUUAAUAAAAUUGUCUAUACACCUUUUUAUUUUAAUUUAUUUUAUUUUUUUUU